AAUCGGCGGUGCGCUGUGUCCCUCGGACACAGCAGAUCACCGAUCAUGGAGAGAGCUGAAGAUGUCGGCUCAGUCAUGUGAUCAGCUGUGUCCAAUCACAGCUGAUCACAUAGGACAUGUACACUGAUCAUCAGGGCACUGUUGAUCAGUGUGCCCUGAUGAUCAGUGUAGCCCCAGCAGUGCCACCUGUCAGUGUCCAUCAGUGCCUUGUAUCAGUGCUCAUCAGUGCCACAUAUCAGUGCCUGCCAGUGCACAUCAAUGCCACAUAUCAGUGCCCAUCUGAGCUGCCUUUCAGUGUCAACCAUCAGUGCCAGUCAGUGCCACCUAUCAAUGCCAAUCAGUGCCACCUAGCAGUGUGCAUCAGUGCCACCUAUCUGUGCCAGUCAGUACCGCCUAACAGUGCCAGUCAGUGCUGCCUAUCAGUGCCGCCUAUCAGUGCCAUGUAUCGGUGCUGCCUAUCAGUGCCCAUCAGUGAUGCCUGUCAAUGCCCAUCAGUGCCACCUACCAGAGCCUCAUCAGUGCAGCCUAUCAGUGCCCAUCACUGCAGCCUCAUUAGCGCACAUCAGUGAAGGAGAAAAAUCACUUAUUUACAAAAUUUUAUAACAAAAACUAAGGAAAAACUUUUUUUUUCAAAAUUUUCAGUGGUUUUUGGUUUGUUUAAGAAAAAAUAA